CAGUGCCGGCAGAAGCUGAGAAACAGAGCACCAUGAGGAGGGCCGUGCUGAUGUUGGUUCUGGUGUUGGUGCAAUGCCUCGCGCUGGGCUGCGGCACGGCAGCGGCGGCCAGGGCGCGGCAGGGCGACCUCCUGCGCCGGCUGCGCUGGUCGUCGUCGCUGGCGGCCGUGGAGGAGCCGACCAGGGCGACGGCCAGCAGAAGACCCAAGCCGGUGCCGGUGCCGGCGGCUGAGGUCGGGCGCAAGGAGGCCGACCGCGUGGAUGCGCUCCCCGGGCAGCCGCGCGGCGUGGACUUUGCGCAGUACGCCGGGUACGUGACGGUGGACCCGGCGGCCGGGCGCGCGCUGUUCUACUACCUCGCCGAGGCCGUCGGCGGCAACGGCAACGACGACGGGUCGUCGUCCAAGGGCAAGCCCCUCCUCCUGUGGCUCAACGGGGGCCCCGGGUGCUCGUCGCUGGGGUACGGCGCCAUGGAGGAGCUCGGCCCGUUCCGCGUCAUGAGCGACGGCAAGACCCUCUACCGCAACCCCUACUCCUGGAACCACGCGGCGAACGUGCUGUUCCUGGAGAGCCCGGCGGGGGUGGGGUACUCGUACUCGAACACGACGGCGGACUACGGCCGGGGCGGGGACAACCGGACGGCGGAGGACGCGUACCAGUUCCUGGCCAACUGGCUGGAGCGCUUCCCGGAGUACAAGGGCCGAGACUUCUACAUCGCCGGCGAGAGCUACGCCGGCCACUUCGCGCCGCAGCUCGCCCACGCCGUCCUCCGCCACGCCUCCCCGGCCAUCAACCUCAAAGGGGUCAUGAUUGGGAACGCGGUGAUCAACGAGGGGACGGACAAGAAGGGCACGUUCGACUUCUACUGGACGCACGCGCUCAUCUCCGACGAGACGGCCACCGGCGUCAACCAGAACUGCAACUUCACCAACGGCGCCCAGUCGAAUGAUCUCUGCGACCAAGCCAACGACGACGUCGUCGAGAACCUCCGGGACAUCGACAACUACAACAUCUACGCGCCGAACUGCCAGACGGAAGGGCUCGUCACGCCGCCUAUCACCCCCUCGAUUGAGAGCUUUGAUACGUGCACAAGUAAUUAUGUGGAGGCCUACCUCAACAAGCCAGAUGUUCAAAAGGCGCUCCACGCAAACGUCACCCGCCUCAACCACCCCUGGUUAGCCUGCAGCGAGGUCUUGACACGCUGGGUCGACAGCACCACAACUGUUUUGCCCAUUAUCAGGGAGCUGAUGAAAAACAACAUCAGAGUCUGGGUGUACAGGUACGCGUGCAUCAUACUAGAUCGUAGCACUCUACAGAUACUCAUGCAUGAAACUAAAAUCAACGAUCUUCGCAGCGGAGACACCGACGGGAACGUGCCGGUCACGGCCACCAGGUACUCCAUCAACCAGCUCCAGCUCCCCGUGGCUGCGAAAUGGAGGCGGUGGUUCAGCAGCACCAAGGGUGCUGGAGAGGUGGGCGGAUACGUGGUGCAGUACAAGGGCGGCCUCAGCUUGGUGACGGUGAGAGGAGCUGGCCACGAGGUCCCCAGCUACCAGCCGCGGCGAGCGCUUCAGCUUGUCCAGGCCUUCCUCGCCGGCACAACGCUCCCUGACUGCAAAAAAUGCUAAGAGGGAGUCAGGGAGAUGGCAGAUGGUAGUAGUACAGCAGCACCACCACCUUGAGUGCUUCACUGGUUAUUACAGUAGAUUUUACAGUACAAAAUAGUGCUACUCCUACAAGAAAUAAGUAGAUUUUACAGUACAAAAUAGUGCUACUCCUACAAGAAAUAAGCAAAACCCUGGGAUCAGGCAUGAUGACGUACCUUACUUUGUACACUAUCUAUGGUUACCGACGAUUUAGUUCUUUUGCGGGGUGAAAGGGAGUUUUAUUUCAAAAUGAUAGGGUUACAAUCUCGAGACAGCUGCUCCUCACAACAUGAAGGACUCGAGUUUGACCAUACUGCAGUACAACACUCGGUACGGCUAGUGUGCCAAAAGAUGUGCUACCCUAUUCUGCUCUCGACCAAUUUUACAAGGAACAAACUCCCUAGCAACCAUGUGAGCUUUAAUCUCUGCGUCAAGAUGACCAU